AUGGCUUCCCAACCGGCUUCCACAUCGAGCACAAAGGUGUCAUCCGAGGACAUCAUCUCGCAGAAGACUGACUUGUGCAUCAGCAAUGCAGUAGUCAAAACCGGUAUCGGCUUCUCUGCUGGUGUCCUCCUCUCGGUCCUCCUCUUCCGACGACGAGCAUUCCCUGUCUGGCUCGGUACCGGUUUCGGUCUUGGCUCUGCAUACACCGACUGCGAGCGCUCCUUCAACCCCGUCGCCGUUCCCGGUGUUCGUGUCGUCCCCUCCUCUUCUUCCGCUAACAUCUCCGCUACCAGCUCGGCACCGCAAACGACCUUGGAAAAGAUUCAACAAAAGGCCGGCGAAGCUUUCUCCGCUGCUAAGCACGAGGCACAGGACAAGGGCGCCAGCGUUGUUGAAAAAGCGGAACAAAAGGGUCAGCAGGCACUCGACUCGGCCAAGGCCCAGGCUCACAAGAUUGAGGAAAAGGUGCGCAGAGUCUAG